GAGGAAGUGAUGGUGUGAUGAUCAGAUGAGUACCUGUCUUAACAGUGUUUAUGAGCAGAACAUUGAGGGAGGAACUCACAAAACAGAAAAGGCAGUACGACGAUAAACAAAUUCAGAGAUGUCUCAGUGUUCUGUGAUUCAAGAGUACAGCCCUACAGUUUCUGCCACAUACACAACCUUUAGUCACGCUUCUACAACCGUGGCCUUGAACCCUGACCCAUCGACCCCGGCACCCUUUACCAAUGAUAUGCCUCAGAAGGACGGGAUUCCAUACAGCCAGUCGAUGGGGGCUCAGGGAUUGGUUAGGACUGGCAGUAACAGAAUGGCAGAGCAGAUGAUGGGAUUGUCAUACCUGUCCUACGCACCUUGCCACAACGCACCUUCCACAGAGACUGCCGGCCAACAGAGUCACAUACUGCAACAGGACUUUUCUCCCUUCCUCCUCCCCCUUCCUCCCGGCCCCCUGCGAAGCCCCCUGCAGAAGAGGGGCCUGACCAAGGACACCAUGGAGUAUCGACUGCGGCGGGAGAGGAACAAUAUUGCCGUGAGGAAGAGCCGAGACAAGGCCAGGCGACGCAUACAGCUCACCCACCAAAGGGCUCUGCAGCUGCAUGAGGAGAACCACCGCCUGCAGAUUCUCAUAGGGCAACUCACACAUGAAUUGGACACUCUCAAACACAUCUUGUCACAGCGUCACCUACAGCCCAGAGGUGAGAAUGCAGCCAGGGAAGAGGGCUGUUGAGUGUGUUGGGGAGCGCUGUAGAGAAUGACAGCCACUAUGUGUGGUUCUGUAUGAAAAUAUGCUCUUUUGUCACACUGGUGGAAAUUGUACAUUCCUAUACAUUUUUAUAAAACAGUUACAUAAGUGCUUUCAUCUGGGAGUAUCCCAAAAGUUGACAUAAUACAGGGUUAGUGCGUAAGUCAACAAAGGCUGUGAGUCAAAGAACACAAAGUUCCAAGUACUUUAAAAGCCUUUUGUCUUUGGUUAGAUGACACAGAUUUCAGUACACUUUCUACCUCCACUACAUUUUCUUGGAAAUUGCAUGGCAAGAAUGAUUACCCUAUCUGAUUACCCAAUACCUUUUAUGGUUUCAAAAAUAUUAAUUUAAUUAAGCACCACUAAGAAUAAGGAAGUUGUCAAGAAAUGUUAGAUAUCAGGCAAAAGUUAUGUAAUUGUACAAUUCAACAUUUUUAAAAUAAAAAUUAUUUUUAUGGCUCU